GUAAAAGGAGAGAAUUGGUGACAUUUUCCUUUCUCUCCUCUGAGCUGAGAUUAGGGAAGAGAUAGGAGAAGAGGAACCUAAGAGAGAGGCUAGAUUCAGUGGGUAGAUUGUAAAACAGGUUUCAGUGGGUAGAUUGUAAAACAGGUUCUAAAGUGCGUCAGGUGGAUUGUAAUCUCUUUUCUUUGGGGGUUAACUUUGACCACGUUUGCUGCCUCAGUAAGUGUUAGUAGUGAGUACUGUAGUGAGUACUGUACCUGUUGGGCCUGAGCUGGAGCAGCCAGCCUUCCCUGUUUCACCGCAGAUAUGACUCUGCCCGCAUACACUGGCGCCAGAAUCUCAGGCUGCUGGUCCAUGACGACCCGCAGUGGCAGUGGGGAAGACUCGUUAGAUCGGCUCCUGCCUGGCUCUCCUAUCACGGCUCCACGCAGGAAAAGCACAUCCCAGACUAAGACAGAGCCUCCCCUGCUUCGCACCGGCACACGCACCAUUUACACAGCCGGCAGACCCCCCUGGUAUGAUGAGCACGGUGCACAGUCCAAAGAGGCCUUCGUCAUCGGGUUGUGUGGGGGCAGUGCGUCAGGGAAGACCACGGUGGCCAAUAAGAUCAUUGAGGCUCUGGAUGUCCCCUGGGUAGUGCUGUUGUCCAUGGACUCCUUCUACAAGGUUCUGACCCCUGAGGAACAGACCCUGGCAACCAGUAACGACUACAACUUUGACCACCCAGGGGCGUUUGACUUUGAGCUGCUAGUUGCCACCGUUAAGAGACUCAAACAGGGCAAGAGCGUGAAGAUCCCAGUGUAUGACUUCACUACACACGGCAGACAGAAAGACUGGAAAACUGUGUAUGGUGCCAGUGUGGUCAUCUUUGAGGGGAUCAUGUCCUUUGCAGACAAAGAGCUUUUGGAGCUUCUAGACAUGAAGAUCUUUGUGGACACUGACUCAGACAUCCGGCUGGUACGUCGGCUUCGCAGGGACAUCACAGAGCGCGGGCGGGACAUCGAGGGGGUCAUCAAGCAGUACAACAAGUUUGUGAAGCCUGCGUUUGAGCAGUACAUUGAACCCUACAUUCGACUGGCAGACAUCGUUGUGCCACGAGGUGGUGGUAACAUGGUGGCCAUUGACCUGAUUGUCCAGCAUGUCCACAAGCAGAUGGAGGAGCGUGAGCUCAGUGUCAGGGCGGUCCUGGCCUCGGCCCAACAGACUCAGCCCCUCCCCCAGACCCUCAGUGUGUUGGAGGGUACGCCUCAGGUUAAAGGCCUGCACACCAUCAUCAGGAAUCAGGAGACCAGUCGAGACGAGUUCAUCUUCUACUCCAAGAGGUUGAUGCGCCUCCUUAUUGAACAUGCUCUAACAUUCCUGCCCUCUCAGCCAUGCACGGUACAGACCCCACAGGGCCAGGAGUAUGAUGGGAAGAGAAGCUUCAGUGGAAAAGGGAUCACAGGUGUGUCUAUCCUGCGGGCAGGGGAGACCAUGGAGCCUGCUCUGAGGGCUGUGUGUAAGGACGUUCGCAUCGGCAAGAUCCUCAUCCAGACCAACCUGGACUCAGGAGAACCAGAGUUGCAUUACCUGCGUCUGCCUAAAGACAUCAGCGAGGACCAUGUCAUUCUAAUGGACAGCACUGUGUCUACAGGCGCUGCAGCCAUGAUGGCUGUACGGGUCCUAUUGGACCACGAGGUGCAGGAGGAGAACAUUGCGCUGGUCUCUCUGCUCAUGGCAGAGUUGGGGGUGCACUCGGUGGCCUACGCCUUCCCCAAGGUCAAAAUCAUCACCACAGCUGUGGACAAGAGUGUUGAUGACUUCCUGCAAGUUAUUCCAGGGAUUGGGGACUUUGGGGACCGCUACUUUGGGACAGAUGGUGGAUCAUCAGGCUGGAGUGACGAUGAGGAACAGGAGCGCCCCAAACAACAAACAUGAACGUGAUUCUGUGAAACACAAGGUUAAAGGCUAGCCUUGUGAAACCAUACUGUGAAUUUGUGAUAAUCAGGCUGGUUUAACAAGGCUAGUUAAGGGCAUGAUUAACCAGCAACACCAGUCAGAUUCCAUUCAGCUGCUAUAGACAGACACAACAAAUGGUUCUCUAUAAACAAGACAGUACUCCCAUUUAUGUACAGCAAGACAUUUUGUAUUCUAUUUUAUGGUACAUAUUACAAGAUUUAAAUGGAGGGAUUAUUGUUGUAUUUAUACAGUUGUAUUGUUCAGUUCUGGACUGCUCAAGCAGAACAUGUUUAUAUAUGGGGCUACAUGAAACUGAAUCAGUUUCAUCCCUUCUGAAGAGGAUGCUAUCUUGACAAUUGCUAUGCUAUCUUGGCAAUUUUAUAUUAAAUAGAUUAUUCAAAGUUUGGUAGUGAAGCUUCCUAACCUGUAGGGGGAAGCAUUGUUCAAUUUUAGUUGCUGUGUUGCCAUGUCGUGUGUGUGCACCCAGAAACUCAAACCGCACUAGAAAUCAUAUGACGUCUGCAAUUGGUCCAUUCCUUUUAUUGAGUGAAAUUACAAAUCAUGUACUGGAAAUUGCCCAUUAUUUUCAAGUAUUUGAAAAAAGAUAUUGCAAUUCGAAAGGUAUUGAGUUGAAAUGGUAUUGAAUCCUCUCCACCCAUGAUUGAGAGAACAGUCACUAGCAAUUAAUCGAGGAUGAUCUUCACCUGAACAAAGAGAUCAUGACAUGUGCUGAUGUUUGAUGCUAAAUGCUAAAUAUUAGAUAUCUUUGUAUCUAUCUUACCCCAAUUUUUUAGUGUGACAUCCAUUAAUAUGUUACGUUUAUUGUAGUCAUUUUUACCUAACAUAGUACACACAUAUGUAUGAAUGUUGAAUGCAUUAUAUUUUCUACCUCUGACAAGCAUAGCCUACAUUUAGAGUUAUGAGAGAGCACUGUUUUGCGGGGAAUUUAUUUAUUUAUAAUCACAAUAUUUCUCUGUGAUAGCCCUCACAGAGUGAUCAUGGAUGUCAUGCAAUGCAUGUUGUAUUCUCCAAGACAGCACAAGACUCGCCUGCCCAUGUGACUACUGCCUCAAGGUUAACCUGUUACUAUGGAGACAAGCCCACCAAUGAAAAUUCAGCAGACGGUUGCGAUGUUGACUGUAAGCUUUUUGUUUUAAGGGUGACCUAUUUUUUUCUCCAGCUAGUCAGACGCAGACCCCUCUGUACGCACACACACACACACACACCGCCACAUUUGAACAUUUAUCUCUGGGAAAUCCAUGUGUUAUUAGAGUGUAAUUAUGGAAUAAAGUGAAUGUCAGAUUAUCAUUUAGGAAACAGUCACCCUUACUUACAUCUACUUAAAUUCCCAAUCUAGCUCUCAUACCAUCAUGGCCACCUAAUCAUCCCCAGCUUCCAAUUGGCUCAUCCCCCCCUCCUCCUCUUUAACUAUCCCCUAGGUCGUUGGUGUAAAUGAGAAUGUGUUCUCAGUCAAUUUACCUGGUAAAAUAAGGGUACAAAAAUUAUAAACAUCUACUUGAAUGCAUCCAACUUUCUCAAUGCCUUAAUAGCCAAUUAAAUCAUGUUUUCCUGUGAUAAA